UAGUUUUAGAUUAACAUUUUUAAUAAAUACCAAGAUUAAUUCUAGUAAAUGUUAUAAUAUAUUAUUAAAAAAAAAUAUUUGUGUGUCUUAAAGUUGAAAUUUAUAGUAGUUUGAAAAACCAGAAACCAUGUUUGCUAUUGUCUUUGCCCUUACUUCGAAAAAUAUGAUUCUAAAGAAUAGCCAGAUCAGGUUUCUAGUUCAGCUAAUAUAUUUCCAUAAUUCAGAAAUAUUUGAAGUCGAUGAAAUUAUAGAAGCCAUCGAUUCUGAUCUCAGAGAAAUUUUGAAAGGUAUUCGAGUAGUAGACGAAAGGUGUUACAUGACUUUUGGAACGGCUCGCUGUAUGGAAAGAGCUCUACACACUACACUAAAUAUAAGAGGUGUACCUGUAUUGUUAAUGGACACCGGUGCGGGUGCCACCAUGUUAUGUCUUUCCGGAGUACCCGAUACUGUGUCUGAUAAAGAAGUCCUAAAAAGUCUAAAAAAAUACGGCACCAUAAUUGGGGGUGUAGAGAGGAAAACCUGUCGAGGGCUGACCGGAAGCGAACGUUAUGUGCGAGUGCGAUUGAUCUUAGGUUCUCCACGGUACUUGUGGUUUGGAUCGAAUAAAGCCAUCGUUAGACAGCUUACUGAACACGAGACGGGAACGAUGAAUAGCAUAGCUCGAAGAAAGUCAUUCAGGUCUCAUAUUAAACUGAACCUGAAAAUGGCAGAUCCAUCAUCGUUAUCCAGUAGUACUCCAAUAACAGACGAAGUAGGCAAAGAAAACGGAACGCCAACGUUUACAACAUUACAAAGUGCGCCGUCCACUCAACAAGCCACAGCUUUCAGGUUUCCAUCAGAUCAGAAAGUUAACUCGGCUGAACCUAGAUCAAUAUCAAGAUCUAGUAUCAAGUCGACGACCGGGGCCUCUAAAAAACUGUCUGUGGGUCAAGAGUCACCGAUUAAAGGACGACGAAGGCCAUCUCUUUUAGGCUUUCGGAGAGAUACGUUGAAGUAUCGGGGAAGCUCAUUGUCCAGAGGUGACGGAGAAGACGCUGAAAGCGAUACAAGCACAAUUUGUCGGAGGAAAUUGAGCAUAACUGGAAGAGAAAAUACGGAAAAAGUACCCUGGUGCGGAUGUUGGGGAAACGGAUGUAUAUAACAACUUUACUGGCCAUAUGUCCUCUUUAUAUCUUCCUUUUACUUCUUCUGAACCUCUAUAAAUAAUAUGUUUUUACUUUCGUGUUGUGUAAAUGUCUUCUUUUUGUUACAGAAAUAUAAAUUGGCAAUGUAUUUUAAAAAUAACAUAAUUAUUUCAACAAAAAAAUGUUCAUUCAUAAUUAUUUAUAUCUCAAUAUUGUUGUCAGAAAGCUACACAAAUUAUUUUCUAUUUUCUAAAUUAGUAAAAAUUUAAGAUAUUAUUAAGGUAUAUAUAUAGAGAUGGGUAUAAUUUUAGUCUUAUACAGUAAGCUACUCCUUUGUUUAAUUUAAUAAUUUUAUGUUUAAAAAGAUAAGAUUGUAGCGUAACUAUAGUGAUACAAAAUUGUUCAUGUUAAAUAUAAUUUAAGAUGCAAUCUGUUUUAUAUUAAAAUCGAAAACUCUGUGCCAAAUAUCUUAUUGGUUCAACCAUUUCCAAAUAUUUGUUAUAAAUGUUUUAUUUAGUAUUAAUGUUGUUCUAAUGUAUGUAAUUAAUAUAUUAAUCAUUUUUUUAGCAAUCAACUUAUUUUUUGCUAGAUUUAUAAACUUGUUAAUAUUAAUAUACAUAAUCGUAUAGUAACAGAUAUCGUUACGAUAAAGUCAUUUUUAGCUUCGAUGCGAAGCUGAGAAGGUAUUUAACUUUAAAAUGCUAUAACUUUUUGAAAAAUAUGUAGAUCAUUAUAAUUUUUUUAAGAUAAGUACUAUUUAUAUUCUUCUUUUAUGCGACAUACUUUUUUUUUAAAUUGAUCCAUUUCCCUUAAUACAGGGGUAGUUCAAAUCUUAAAAAUGCAUAUAGAAAGUAAAACUUUAUCAACUUAAUUUUUGGAAGUGUUCCGAAAAUACUGACACUUUUAUAUAAAUCUUA